UGAAAACCCACCCCAUAAUAUUUAAAAUCUGGGACAAAGAGCCGUCAGGACGGAACUGCUCCAAUUGCAAGUCCUCCGCGCAGCCUCGGGAGCGGCCCGGCGGCUCGAGGCCCCAGAAGCCCCUUUAAAGAAGCGGAGUACAGUAUUGGGAUUCUUGAAACCUGAAACCCUGAAACCGAAUCGAAGCGGAAACCAGAAGGAAAACCUUGAACUCCUCCAGACAAUUGCUUCCGGGGAGUUGCGAGGGAACGAGGGGGAAUAAAGGGCCCGAGAACAGGGGCCCUCGGAUGGCGCGUCCCUGAGGGUCGUGGUGUGUUCGCGGACCGUGGGCAGGAGAGGACCGGACCUUCUCCCUGGGCAGCGGGGUCAUGGCCACCGUGGAGCACAAAGCCCUCGGCAUUGGCUUCAAGUGCCUCUCUUUGGCCACUCUCGUGCUCCUCUGCUCCGGGCAAGGCGGACGCAGAGAGGAUGGGGGUCCAGCCUGCUACGGGGGAUUUGACCUGUACUUCAUCUUGGACAAAUCGGGAAGUGUGCUGCACCACUGGAAUGAAAUCUAUUACUUUGUGGAGCAGCUGGCUCAUAAAUUCAUCAGCCCACAGCUAAGAAUGUCCUUUAUUGUCUUCUCCACUAGAGGAACGACCUUAAUGAAACUGACUGAAGACAGGGAACAGAUCCGUCAAGGCCUAGAAGAACUCCAGAAAGUUCUACCAGGAGGAGAUACUUACAUGCAUGAAGGAUUUGAAAGGGCCAGUGAGCAGAUUUAUUAUGAAAACAGUCAAGGAUACAGAACAGCCAGUGUCAUCAUCGCUUUGACUGACGGAGAGCUCCACGAAGACCUCUUUUUCUAUUCUGAGAGGGAGGCUAACAGAUCCCGAGACCUUGGUGCAAUCGUUUACUGUGUUGGUGUGAAAGAUUUCAAUGAAACACAGCUUGCCCGGAUUGCGGACAGUAAGGACCAUGUAUUUCCUGUGAAUGACGGCUUCCAGGCUCUGCAGGGCAUCAUCCACUCGAUUUUGAAGAAGUCCUGCAUUGAAAUUCUAGCAGCUGAGCCAUCCACCAUAUGUGCAGGAGAGUCAUUUCAAGUUGUUGUGAGAGGAAAUGGCUUCCGACACGCCCGCAACGUGGACAGGGUCCUCUGCAGCUUCAAGAUCAAUGACUCAGUCACACUCAAUGAGAAGCCCUUCGCUGUGGAAGAUACUUAUUUGCUGUGCCCAGCGCCCAUUUUAAAGGAAGUCGGCAUGAAAGCUGCACUCCAGGUCAGCAUGAACGAUGGUCUCUCCUUCAUCUCCAGUUCUGUAAUCAUCACUACCACACACUGUUCUGACGGCUCCAUUCUGGCGAUCGCCCUGCUGAUCCUGUUCCUGCUCCUGGCCCUGGCUCUCCUCUGGUGGUUCUGGCCUCUUUGCUGCACUGUGAUUAUCAAGGAGGUCCCUCCACCCCCUGCCGAGGAGAGUGAGGAAGAAGAUGAUGAUGGUUUGCCUAAGAAAAAGUGGCCUACGGUAGAUGCCUCAUAUUAUGGUGGGCGAGGCGUUGGAGGUAUUAAAAGGAUGGAGGUUCGCUGGGGAGAAAAGGGCUCCACAGAAGAAGGUGCUAAGUUGGAAAAGGCAAAGAAUGCAAGAGUCAAGAUGCCAGAGCAGGAGUAUGAAUUCCCUGAGCCUCGAAACCUCAACAACAACAUGCGUCGGCCCUCUUCUCCCCGGAAGUGGUACUCCCCGAUCAAGGGAAAACUCGAUGCUUUGUGGGUCCUACUAAGGAAAGGAUAUGAUCGUGUGUCUGUGAUGCGUCCACAACCAGGAGACACGGGGCGCUGUAUCAACUUCACCAGAGUCAAGAACAACCAACCGGCCAAGUACCCACUCAACAACGCCUACCAUACCACCUAUGCCCCCACCCCUCCUAUCCCAUCCCCACCUUCCACUCUUCCCCCUCCUCCUCAGGCUCCACCUCCCAACAGGGCACCACCCCCCUCCCGACCUCCUCCAAGGCCUUCUGUCUAGAACCCAAAGUCUGUGCUCUGGGCUCUCUCAGAAACUUCAGGAGGAGGCUCCUCUAUGGGGUCAGAAUAAGUCUUUCCAGUUAGAGGAAAUGAGUGGUGAUAAACCCACUGAUGCUCACACAUCUUAACAAUUGGUUGGCAAUACCAGUACAUAGACGAUCAUGACCAGCGGAAAGAAACAGAAAUUUUGAAUUGCCUGAAAAUAAAUGAUGAGGCAACUACAGUCACAUUUAUAGCCAGCUGUCUAUCGCCUCUAGAAGGUUCCAGAGACAAUGAAACUGCCAAGAUGCUCUCAACAGGAUUAUGUCUCAUAGAGACCAAUAAGAAAAUCAUUUCUCUGAGGGUGAAACAUAGAGUUGGAUAAGAAAUAACAUUGCUGGAUUUUAAAUGCUGCCUUCCCUCCAUUCCACUUCCAUCACUUGGCCCUUGGCCUAGGAACCAAGGAAUCUUCGCCCCUGUGCUCCAGCCAGGAAGGUUGAGACCUUUGCCUUCGGUUUUGGAAAAGCUUGGGCUCCCCAGUGUGGAAGAAACUCAACAUCAGAUAGGUAUCCCAAAGGAGGGUCGCCUGGGAUUUGCAAAUGGAUAAAAAUAUGUGCUUUAUUUUCCUUUCAAAUUCUCCCAGUUUGCAAACGAGGAAGGGAGCAGGUGUUUACUGAUGGAAAAGGUAUGUUGUUGUGUUGAUGUGUAAGUGAAAUUAGUUAUGUGCAUUGACAGGGGAGUAUUAAUGGGAACACCCAACAGCUUCUAAACCCACAGCCCUCAGCCACUAGAGGUGGCUGUCUGGCCAGGCAUGGCCACCUACAUCAAUAAACAACAGCAUUGUGAGAGAGCAGCCUGUUCAUUCACAGGUGUUCAUUGGUUUUUUAAAUCUGGAUUUAGCUUCAGUGUAGGUGACUUGAGAUAUGAAGAAGUGAGUGAUCCUUCUAGAGACAAACAUGAGUUGAUCUUCCCCACAUAGCAUCAUUAGCAUCUACCACACAAUAUCAUAGAUUUUUUUUUUUCCUUUCUUGGUAAAGCUGUGCACCAAAGACUUAUAGGUAGAGCUGAGGGACUAUGGCCAUAAUAUAACAUGAAAACUAUCCCCAAGUUCUUCAGUUAGUCCAAAAGAAGUCAUGUGUAUAUGGAUGCAAGUGUAUUUCUCCUUGGCUUUUCAACAUAUGAAUAUACACCAAAUGUACCACAUUUCAACAUACACCAAAUGUACCACACAGAAAUGCUCCACCUGAAAUUCCCACUAUGCUGGGAUCCACUCCGUGCCUCCAAGUCUCUCUGAAUCUCUGAUCAGCAAGCCUUAUAAUAAUUUGUUAAACAUUGAUCUUCAUCCCCAUGGGUAAAAACAGGUCCUUUUUGAAGAACUCCUGUACCAGCCUCUUCAAAAUGAUCUUUUCCCUCCAACUUUCGCAAUUUCUAAAAUUUCUGUCCCAAGCCCCUCAAAUUUGCAAGUAUCUCCUGGAACAAAGCAGACUAUAAAAUACAUUUAAACUUAGUGCUUUGUGCUAUGGUCUCUAAAGAUCCCUCAAGAACCCAAGCCAGCCCAUUCUUUCACCUUAGAACAGACUCUGGAGGACCUGUCAUGCAUCCCAUCAACACCAAUUCUUGUGCCAUGGCAGACAGUGCUAAUGAGUCGUAGCACUAUUUCCCCUUAAGCCCAAUGAUUUCUUCACAGUCUUCAAAUCACAACCUCAAAGAGCCACCACUCACCAUUCAAUUGAGACAAGAACCCUAUUUACUAUCUCUACCUUAGAAAGCAAAAGCAGAGUACUUGUGAGAGAAUGGGGUCGCCCACAGGCACAAAAGGUCCAGUCAGGGGAAACUAGAUCCAGGCAGAGUGCUGUCAUAAGGCACAGGUGCUGAAUCUGCAGCACCAACAGCAAACUGACACUUCUCCAAGGGUACCUCAGACCCGUCAUUCUCAAAUGGCUGCCACUUCCAGAGACUCUCCCAGUUGUCUGAGAGCUAAGACCAAGACGGUUUACAGGACUUACGAAAGUAACCUCCCUUCCUGUCACCCAACCCUGCUGCGUUGUCUAUUUAGAACACUAGGCUCCUUCUUUAGUGUAGUCUCCCGUGAAGCAGGGGCCACCACUUCUCGGCCACUUGCAGUCACAUUGUUGGACCCAGGAAAAGCCAUUCCUUAGGAGAAUGGGUUCCCCAGGCUCACAGCGUAGAGACUUUGAGCCUAUGGCAACUGUUUUGACUGCUGGCAGUACAAAACGGUCCACCCGCACCACUGCCGCAUGACUGGCGGCCGUCAGAAGUUCAAGCCAAGAUGCUGACAUUGCUGUGCAACACGAUGGCCAGCAUCAGGGGAGUGCAAUGUUCAGGAUCUCAGCACAUCAGUCAGAGACCCUGGGCAGUUUCCAAGAUGUUCUGGUGACGUGUUUUGAUGAAAUAGGGAACUGCAAAUAUAUGAUGAUUUUGAAAAAGAUGACUCAUCAUGUCAUCCCUAGUCAUUUAGAAUUAGUUAAGAAGGAGAAACUUCCAUACACGGUGUGAACACGGUAAUAUUUUCAUAGUAGGCUAUGGCAAGCAGGAAGAUUCCUUAACUGGUUUACAAAAUCUAUCAAUACUUGUGUCAUUCCCUGUACAAGGCAGGAGAUAAUCUGAUUGUGAUCAGGAAACUGCACAAAAUGUUUUUUUAACCCCAUGUCAUUGUCCUUAUGAAGUGUCUUUUUUUUUUUUAAUAAAAGCCAAAUUUUGGUUGUAUAUAUUCAUAUUCCAUGUGUUAGAUGGAAGCAUUUUCUAUCCAGUGUGAAUAAAAAGAACAGUUGUAGUAAAUUAUUAUAAAGCCAAUGAUAUUUCAUGGCAGGUUAUUCUACCAAGCUGUGCUUGUUGUUUUUUUCCCAUGACUGUAUUGCUUUUAUAAAUGUACAAAUAGUUACUGAAACGACGAGACCCUUGUUUGCACAGCAUUAAUAAGAACCUUGAUAAGAGCUGUGGUCUUCUCUAUUGACAACCAGCUCACAGUUGUUUGUCUGGAGCUUGGUACACACUCCAGGGAGAUACAAGGUCUCUCUUUUACCAAGGUCAAGAACAGAGCUAGCGGAUAAAUUCAUUAAUAGUCUUGGCUAUCCAGCCAUUUUAAGUUUCAUUAGAAGGGGCAGAGAUGAUCUCAAAGUGUCAUACAACCAAAGUCCAAAAGUCAAAGACACUAAGGUAAAGCCAUAGACACUACAUCAGAUGGGAAGAAAUCCAUCAAGGAACUAGAAUAAAAUCAUAAUUAUGAGAUAAUAAGCAACCAUUUCAGCCCAGUGCCAACUCAAUAAACAAAAUUAAUGCUGUGUAAAAUGGGUUGAAUUAGUUUGCAAAUGAUAUCAAAAUCUAUGUAGCAAAAAGCCUGUAAUACACACCAGGCAAGAAUGGAGUGUUCUAGUCAGUUGCCUUUUCUAGUUAUCUGAGCUCUACUAUAUUAUCAUACUUGGAUAGCCAAUUUUUAAAAAUUAGAAUAUGAUGUUUUUUAAAUACGCAUAACAUUAAACUCUUCUCUUUCUUCUUCUGUGAUAAUUCAGAAGACAGUUAUGGAUCUUCAGUGCCUCUGAGUCAUUGUUAUAAAAAAAAAAAAAAACAGUUAUCACUGUACCAUGCUAUAAGAGACUGGGCUGUACAAUGACAAACCUUGAAAGUUGUUUAAAAAAAUAAUAAAUCCUAAAAUGAA